CUCUGUUAUCGGCAGCCAAAAACUUUGGUUCUGAAGCAUAACUACUAAGGAAACUCACGUGCGACAUCGUGGCAACAUGGAGAAGUCGUUUCCUAUAACACCCUGGAAGUACGGCCUACUGGUCACUUGCAUUCUUAUUGUGACAUGUAAUGUGUUCUUCUUCUCCUGCGGCGUGACCACCUGGGGUUCGGCUGUCUCCGUCUACGGCAGUUAUGGGUCUGCCCUUUGCGGAGGGGCAGUCUUCGGAGUCGCCUUCCUGGGGAUGUACGUGGCCCUGAAGGUGUCGUACAAGUACUCCAUAUACUACCUAAUUUUCAGUGGCUUGCUAAUAGCCGCACUGGGCUCCUACCUUUUCACCUUCACGGCGAUGCGGGAACAGCUGAUGCGCAGGUUCGAGGAGCGCAUGCGCGACCUCUUUGAGCGGAAGACCCACAGCGACGACAAGAUGCAGCCGGUGCACAGUCUAUUCGGCUGCUGCGGAAUUGAGGGACCGCAGGACUACCUCAAGGAAGAGCACGGCGCUCUGCCCAGCAGUUGCUGCUACGCCUUUGACUGCUCCAAGCCGGCUCACGUCUACGAGGAGGGCUGCUCCACCAAGGCGGUCGCCAAUCUGAGGAUGCAGGCGGAGCUUAACUACUACAGCUGCAUGGCGAUCAUUGCCCUCGAGUUCUUGGGCUUGUUCACCGCUUACCAUUUGGGCAAGGCUCGCAAGUAUGCCAAAACCAAGAUAAAGGACGAAGAGACCCCCAUCAACGACUGAUGGCCGAGGACACCCCUGUAUAAUUAUUGAUAAUAAUAAUGUGGUUACUCAUUAUCGAAAAUG